GUCUUACUAGCGGGAAAUUUUUAAUUUGUGUCUGCGCGACUUUAGCAACAAAUACAAAAGUUGGAAAGUCUGCAGAAAUGACAUCAUUUCCUGUCAUACUGCAUCAAACAUGGGAAAUGUCUGAACUAUCACAGCUGCUGCUGCACAAACAACUUAAAUUACGAUUUUCAGACAGUAUAAUUCCCAGCAGUGUGAUAUUCCCUCUAUCUGGGGUGGCAUCUCUUCUGGUUCCCCUCGGCAAAGCGCUGGCAACAGAUGGGGAUCAGUCAGGUCAGGAACUUUCUACAGAGCUUCAGGAAAGGUUGGGGCGGUUCUUGCAGGUGCACAGGAAGUGCUACCUGCUGUGUGUGGCCCCAGUCCAUGGUCAACAUGAGAGAUCAGUCUUCUCUCUCAUACAGAGGCUGUAUUGUAAUACAAGACUGGAGAUGUUGCCAGUGCACAAUGAGGCUGAGGCUGUAAAGUGUAUGCUGACAAUUGCAAAGGCACUGUGCAAGCCCAUGGGAGAUAUCCUGUCUGACAGAUUGGAGGCUAUAGUUCAAGGUCAACAGGAUGCAGAUCACAUGACUGCAGUCCUCAGGCAGAUAGGGCUCAGCAGUCAUAAAUGUCACAUUAUAGCAGACAGAUUUUGCUUCUUGAGCAGGGUUUCCACAGCAACCAAAGAGGAACUUCUGGACUGCAGUCUUGAUGCCUCAGAUGUGGACAAACUACUGACUUUCUUUAACAGUUGAAGGCAGAUCAUACAAAGGGAAUAGUCUGUGGCUUUGACAAUGUUUUGAAAAUGAAUGUGGUACUUGAAAUAAAUAGAAUUGAUUAUCAGUUGACAAAGAAUAUUUAUUUCCUGUUUUAAGAAGUGGCAGUAUUUUGCUUUGAAACUGUCUGUUGGAUGCUUGGGCAGUUAGGCACUAAGUCUUUAAGACUAUUUUGUUUGUGUUCAAUAUAUAGAGAAGGCUUUGACUUGAGAUAAUUUAAGUUGGUAUACUGCUUACUUGGGAGGAUGGGAUCACGCCUUUGAUUUUUAGGUUAAGAUGUCAAAGGUCCCAAGAAACCAAAAGGCGCAAUCAUUUUAUAUUUGUUGUGUAACAUCAUAUUGUGGUUAUAUACAUUAUUUGUAUAUGACAUCAUUACCUGGGGUCAAAACAGACAAAUCCCUGGGGUCAAAUAGUGUGUAUAGACUUGUAUCUAAAAAACUUUUUAAAAAUCUUCUGAACUGAAACCACAUGGCGCAGAGGUGUAAACUUGGCAAAUAAUAUUGAAUAGUGGUUGUUGUUUUUCCUCAUGGCUUUAGGAUCAAAACAGGCCGCUCUCCAAGGGUCGCAGGCUAAUUGUAUAAUUUAUUUGAAAAAUAUAUUUUAAAAUUUCUUUUGUAAAUUUAAAGCCGGCCGAGUUGAUGUUAGUAUAUUUUCCCAUUUUUAUUAUGUGACGCAAAAAAGUGAUUAUGAGUAAAAAUGUGAUGGUAUUUAUGUCAGAUGUCCAAAAAAGUUGGUCAAAAUAGGUCAAGAAAUGCCCAAAAUCAGUUCAAAGAUAGGGCUUUUCAAUUUCUGUCCAUGGACAGAAAUGAUCUAAAUUUAAACACGCGCGGGUCACAUGUAAAACCACGUGAUUCGCUCGAGGCAUGGACUCGCCUGAAUAAUGAAAAUAAUUGCACAGACUCGGAGCACAGGUGAUGGGCGCGUGGCCAAGUCACUUAAACACUUUCAAUAUGUCAUAAAACAACAUUUUUUACGAAAAAAAAAAUUCUGAUAUACAAUGUAAUAUAUAUAAAUGACAAAUGACAAGUAAAUGACAAGUAUUGAUUUAUUAUAUAUAUACAAGGUAGGUCUCUUGACAUAGGAAAAUCAUCAAAAUAAACUCGUAUUUGUUUAUUGUACUAAUAUGGAUUAUGUUCCAUAGCUUGGAUAUUUCUAUACUUGUACUAUUGUAAAUAUCGGUACUGAACGUUCGGUCAGACGAGAGCCGACCUGGCAUUUCUACAAGUUUGAGAAGUGUUUUCUUGUAGUUUAUGUUGGCAAGUAGCCGUUCGUGGUCAUUUUUCGUCAAGAAGCAACCUUUCCCAACAAAAUGGUACAUAGAUUACGAAAAUCGACCGCCAUUUAGGCACUUAAUGGCUAAAACAUGUUGAUGUAGUUGAUUUUCCUGUGUCAAGAGAUACCUACCUUGUAUAUAAUUAUAAUAUAAUAAAUCAGAACUUGUUUUGUCAAAAUGAUGAAAAAUUUUGUUUUAUGACAUAUUGAUAGUGUUUAAGUGACUUGGCCACGGGCCCAACACCUGUGAUUUAGUAGUUUUUCUUUGUUUUGAAAAGCGCGGAAGUGGAAAUCAUGUGAAAUUGGCGCUCACGUGACCCAAAGCGUGUAUACGUCACAGGUUAAUGAUAUAGUCUUGAGGAUUCCGUUAUGUACAUGAUAACAUUUCGUAUUUUUGAUGCUUUUGGCUUUUUUUGGCACAAUUUUUGUGAAAAUCAGUAUGGAAGAGUUAAGCUUUCGAAUGUAUCUGACGAAUACUGAUCAAUUCUGGUCAAUUGAGAAAACCGAAUUGUUGUGAGAAAUAUCAACUCGGCAGCCUUUAAGCUCCAGAGUUGUAAUAUUUGGUAUGAACCAUGAUAUUGUUAUCCUUCACAAAAUUUGUUAAAAUUAUGUUUCUUGGGUUGAAACUGGCCACUCUUGGGGGGUACAAUGGUGAUAUAAACUUAAGAGCAAAAUAACAUUUAAGAUAUUGUCUGAACCAAUAAGACCAAGAUCUUUGAUAUUUGGCAUUUAAUAUCAUACUGCCUUACAGGUCAAAGUGGCCAUGUCCUAUGGUUUAAUUACCUUUUAUUGUUAAAUCUUAUUACAUAUAAUGCAAAUGCUGAACUCUCUUAUUGUAUUGUAAGUAAACAGCACAAUACAAAUUAUAAAUGUGACAAUUUGCAUAGUCUACGUGCAACAAUUGAAUUGAUAAAAUGGUAUUAUAUUUGUUAAUUCAAUAUAAAUAAACUUUUAACACGUUGACGUGUGUGUUUAAGCUGAGAAAAUUGAAUUUGAGUAAUAAAAACAAUCUGUUA